AAAGCGUCAAGCUUGCAAGCUAAGCGCGCCGAAAUCAAAGCAGGUGAUCUGAUGAAAGACUGAAUUCAUUUAUCCGAGAUUCCGAGGUCGAAAGCCAUUUAAGGAUCCAACUCUGUCUCCCGGCCUUCAGUCCUAGCUAGAGGUCAGAGGUCAACAUGCCGACCACUACGAUGCAGAGGCUGAUCGCCUAUUCAGACAAGUACGAAGAUGAUCAUUUUGAAUACAGGCAUGUGGUACUUCCUACUGAGCUUGUGAAGCAGGUUCCGAGGCUUCACCUCAUGACCGAGACAGAAUGGCGGAACCUCGGGGUCCAGCAAAGCCCUGGCUGGGUCCAUUAUAUGAUACACAAUCCAGAGCCACACAUUUUAUUAUUCAGAAGGACAAAGCCUUGAAUGAGACUAUGAGAGCAUGGGACUCAAAGGGACAAAGCCUUGAAUGAGAGCAUGGGACUCAAAGGGAGUUGCAAUAUACUUGGAAUUUGAUAUCGUAAACAAUUUGUACUUCUUAAAGACCCACCGCACUGCUUUAGCCAGGAGGGAUUGGACCUCCCUGCAAGGUCACUGACAGAUGGUUAUCUCAUCAAAUAAGCUCUCAAUUUACAUAAGAAAAAGAGGAUCAUGGGGGACCAAUAAUCACCGAUUAGGCAUUGUUUGCUAUAUAGAGGGCAAAUGUAGCUACAAGCAGUGCAGGGGGGCUUUAAAUAAGCAUGAACAACAAGAGGGACUGUGCUUUAAUCUCUCUGUAGCACGUAAGGCUCGUCUGACUGAAAGUCAUACUUUUUUCUCUCAAAUUGAAGACUAGCGUUGGAUGCAGCUGAAAGGCAGUUCAGCAACAUAGUGGUAGAGCUUGAAUUCUUUGAAUUUUGGAACCUGAUCAUCUACUCAUUAGCCUCCAAUCGCCACUCCAUGAUGUAGAGAAGUCUAUACGCUUCUCCU